GGGAAACAUUGAAAAAUAAAAUCUAGAUGCGAAGGUGCACACAAGGCAAGAGGAUAUAACGCAUCGAGAGGCCUUAUAUCUACUCAUACCGUAUCGUAUAAUAUCGAAGCAUAACUACUCUUUUUAAAUACGAAAAAGUUAUAUUAAUUUGAGACUUAAUAAUAAGUCAAUAGUCUCAAUAAUUAUAAUAAUAAUUCUUCGGACAGGUUCCAUGUGCCAUCUGUUUAAUAAAUUUAUAUUUGUCAAACGUAAUCAAAUAACGAAAAAAAUUCAUAUAUUUUUAAGACACAUCAAAUGUUCGUUAGUGUAUUAGUUAUUUUUCGGUAAACGUGUAUAUAUUAGUUGCCUCUCAGAAGUUUAGAAGCUGUGUAUCGUUGAAGGCUCCACGAAAAUGAAAAAGCCAAGAUUAGUGAUUCUGUUAGUGUUUUUAAUAAGUAAACUUGUUUUUGGAUAUCAACCAUCGUCUGAUGCCAACGAUGCAUUUGAUGUUUGUGAAACGCAGGCUUGUGUUAAUGCUGCUUCUCGAAUAAUAAAAAUGGGAAAUCCAAGUGUUGAACCUUGUGAAGAUUUUUAUGAAUUUGCCUGUGGUGGUUUUUUAAAUUCCACUGAAUCAACCAGGAACUCAAUUGAAAUUGAUAGCUUUACUGAAGUAGACACUAAAUUUUAUAAAAGGCUUGAAAAAAUACUUGAGCAAAAUAUUACAACUAAUGACUUUAAAUACUUGAAGCUUGCCAAGAGUUUAUACAAAAUAUGUUCAAAUAAAAUUGAUAUAUUUGUAAAUUCAAUGGAGCCCAGUGGAGGCUGGCCUGUUCUCAAAGGAUCCAAUUGGAAUGAAAAUUUAUUAAAUUCAACUGUAACAAAAAGAACUUUAGCCAACUAUGUUAUGCAUAAACACCUAAGAGAUUCUGACCUAUUAAUAAAUCUUUUGUCACCACAUUAUGAACAAUGUGCUGAAUUUGUUUCAACUAAACUACCAAUCGCAGUAGGAGCUAUUUAUGUUCAAAGUUAUAAUCGUUCAUGGAUAAUGAAUGCUAAAGAUAAUAUUUCAAAAAUGACUCUGAAAAUAAAAGAAAAAUUUUGCGAAAUAAUUAAAGAGGCUGAUGGGAUUGAUCAAGAAACAAAGAAAAGAAUGGAAGAAAAACUUCAAUUAACUACUCAUAUAAUUGGACGUUUAAAUGAUUUUACUAAUAAUACAAAAGUUGAUAAAUUUCACGAAGAUUUUGAAUUAUUUUAUGAAGACAACUUUUUUGAUGCAGCCAUACAGCUUCUCGUAAAAAACAUGACACGUGAUGACCACAUUUGGUUUUAUAGUGCAUUAUCUAUGACGUACAGUUUUACAAUGUUUGAUCCUUCGUCGAACCGCACAAGUAUUUCUUAUACGUUUCCUGAGAGUGAAUUUUUCGAUUCAGAACAACCAAACUACAUAAACUACGGUGCUAUGGGAUAUUUGAUAGGCGAUUUGAUUGCAAAAAUUUUAAAUAAUUAUGGAAGUCAUUUUGAUUUAUACGAACUUGAUCCCGACGAACGUGCUUAUGACAGCUUAUGGACACUAACUUCAACACGAAAUUUUAAAAACAAGUCCAAAUGUUUCAUUGAACAGUAUUCAAAUUAUAAAGUCAAAGAACUUGGAUUAAAUUUGAAUGGACGUAUUUUUCGAAAUAUUAACGUUGCAGAUCACGGUGGAAUAAAAGCUGCUUAUCGAGCUUAUAACGAUUUAUCAACUUCUGAUCAACGACUUCCUGGUUUGUCUUACACACCAAAACAAAUGUUUUGGAUUAGAUAUGCAAACAUGUGGUGUCAAAAAACAACACCAGAACUUCUGAAAAAAUAUAUUAAUAGAGAAUAUCCACCAAAUAAAUUUCGAGUAAUUGGUCCUCUAUCCAAUAUGCCAGAGUUUGCAAAAGAUUUUAAAUGUCCAUCCGGAUCUAACAUGAAUCCAGUUAAAAAAUGUCCUAUCUGGUAA